CCACUGCCCGGGCGUUGCGCCGGCCAUCCCCACCCCGGGCCACUCCUCGCCCUCCCUCAGCGCCCCUCUCCCCCCGCCGGGGCCUCACCCUCUGCUGUCGCUGCUGACACCGCCCGCGGCUGCCUGCGGGAUCUGGCGGCGGAGAGGUUUAAAGCGGGAGCGAAAAGCAUGGCAGAUGAGCAGGAAAUUAUGUGCAAACUCGAGAGCAUCAAGGAGAUCAGGAGUAAGACUUUGCAGAUGGAAAAAAUAAAGGCACGACUGAAAGCAGAAUUUGAAGCUCUGGAGUCUGAGGAGAGGCACCUGAAAGAAUACAAACAGGAAAUGGACCUGCUGCUGCAAGAGAAGAUGGCCCAUGUGGAGGAGCUGAGACUGAUCCAUGCUGAUAUUAAUGUGAUGGAGAAUACUAUCAAGCAGUCUGAGAAUGAUCUCAACAAGCUCUUGGAGUCUACUCGGCGUCUGCAUGAGGAGUACAAACCCCUGAAGGAGCACGUGGAUGCCUUGCGGAUGACUCUGGGAUUGCAGAGGCUGCCAGAUCUUUGUGAGGAGGAAGAGAAACUGUCCCUUGACUACUUUGAAAAGCAGAAAGCGGAAUGGCAGACAGAACCCCAGGAGCCUCCCAUCCCAGAGUCUUUGGCUGCAGCUGCAGCAGCUGCCCAACAGCUGCAAGUGGCGAGGAAACAAGAUACCAGACAGACAGCAACUUUCAGACAGCAGCCACCUCCAAUGAAGGCAUGCUUAUCAUGUCAUCAACAAAUUCAUCGGAAUGCUCCCAUAUGUCCGCUCUGCAAAGCAAAGAGCCGAUCGCGGAAUCCCAAGAAACCCAAGAGGAAACAGGAUGAAUGAAACACUGGAGGUGGACAAGCAGACACCUGACCUGUUCUAAUGCUCUUCCAUCAGAACUGCAGAAGUUGCCAAGUGUUACUGAAGUGCAGACUCAAGUAUGAUUGACCCAUUGUUUUCUAUUUAAUGCAACGUAAGCACAAUGUUCCUGUUCUGUCUUUAUUUCCUUCCAGUCCUGAGGAUUUGGUUUGGGGAAAGUAAGUAUUACUGGUGCUGCAGUUUUAACAUUUCAAUCAUUACACCUUUUGGAUUCCUGAACAAAGUAGAGUUAUUAUACAAGUAUCCUAAAUGCCAGGUUAUUCCUAUUUGCCAUAUGUCUUUAACACAAGUGUUUUUUAUGUUCUCUUUUUAAGAACAGCUGUUACUAAAAGAUUAUUCUGUUUUCUCCUGAUAACAGAAGGCUAUCUGAAGUGCUGGAAUAGCAGACUGCUGGGUUUAUUUCACUGAACAACAGUUUGUUUUCCUAGCUAGUAAGACUGCAUAGGACUGUGUAUCCAGUAGAGCUCUUUUUAUACAGGAAGUGUUCAGGGAAAAAAAUAAAUUGGUUAUGCAGGAAACCAGCGCGCUAAAGACGCAUGUGAGUUUUGAUUUACUGGCAUGUGAUUGUACCAUUCCCUCAAACUUGACUAAAAUUUUAGAAAGGGCAUCAAGUUGCUGUCUGUGUGGGAAUUUCUAAAAAGGAAGAAAUUUGUGAUGCUUUAACAUCUUAAUAUGGUAUUAUUUUCAGCAGUCAGAAGAGUCACUGACUUGGGUUCAAGUUGCAAAUGAACUGUAUUAGUGCUCCUUUUAGACCCUGUGGCCAGCCAGCCCACUGUGCUUCUCUAGGAAUCAUGCAUGAAAUAUCCUAAAUCUCUGUGCACACAGACUGCAACAUCAGCUAUUCCUCAUCUCUCCUAUUUCUGGUCCCUAAAGCUGGAUCACUCUUGGCAGACAUAUCUUCCACUGGAGCACAGGGGAGUUUGGUAACAUGCAUUGGUAACAGCAUCAACUUAAAAUUAUGUAUGUCAUCAAAAUUGCCUGUCUCUGCCAUCGUUGUCCUCCCUCAAGCAAAGCAUCCUAUUUUUGUAUCUUCUAGUAGGCAAUUUUCAAGUAAGCUUUAUGUCAUCCCAGGUUUUUUUCUUGCUCUGUAUGUGUGCCAAAAGAACCCUGACUAAAGGAUCCUUUAAACUAC